CUUUUAAUAUUUCAUCCCAACGGUCGAAAAUAUACAGUAGCCGUCAUUUAAAUCCUCAGAUCUAUCUUUCCAAAAUUUACAAGUAGCCGUUACAAUUUCUAUCUCAAACUCUCUCCAUCUUCAGGGCUUUUUCUUGAUCUUCAAAUUUCUUGUUUCAUUGUUUCCUUUAACUAACAAAAAGAUCUCAGAUUUGUUACCAAAUCAAACAAUUCCGAACACUUUUAAUCACUCAUGGCUUCUCCUACCAACAAAAAUCCCUCCUUUUCUCCUCCAAUCCCUAACAGACCAAACCCUAAACCUAGAAACUCAGAAGCCGGUGAUCCGUUACGCCGGAGUUUUGGUGGCAACCCUUUUCCGGCGAAUUCAAAAGUCAACAUCCCCUCAGAUUUGACUAGGAGGAACUCUUUUGGUGGAGAUAAAGAGAACGAGACCAAACCUGUUCAACUAACUCCAAAAGGUUCCAAGAACUUCAUGUCACCAACAAUUUCAGCAGUUUCUAAAAUCAAUGCGUCACCAAGGAAGAGAGUGUUGUCUGAUAAAAACGAAAUGUCUCGCUCCUUCUCUGAUGUUAAAGGUCUAAUCUUGGAGGAUGAUAACAAAAGAAAUCAUCACCGAGCUAAGUCAUGUGUUUCGUUUUCGGAUGUCUUGCAUACUAUUUGUAUCGAUGAUGAGAAGAAGUUUGUGGAAUCACAUGACAUGACUGUGACUGAUUUUGAUGAGAAGGAAGUUUAUGAGAACAAAGGGAUUACGUAUUCUGAUCCGAGGUUUAGGAUUAGUCCUCGUCCUUCUGUUCCAUAUACAUCUCCUGAGUUUGCAGCUUGUGAAGUUGAUACAUUGUUGCCUCCUUAUGAUCCCAAGAAGAAUUUUCUGUCGCCGAGGCCUCAGUUUCUUCAUUAUAAGCCGAAUCCAAGAAUCGAGAAGCGUUUUGAUGAGUGUAAGCAGCUUGAGGAACUUUUCAUCUCUGAAAGCUCUUCUGAUGACACUGAAUUGUCUGUAGAAGAAUCUGAGGAACAAGAGAAGGAUGGAGCUGAGGAGGUGGUAGUAGAAGAAGAAACCGAAGAUGUGGAGCAAUCAGAAGCAGAGAGUGAUGAAGAAAUGGUUUGUGAGAGCGUUGAAGAAACAACAAGUCAAGUUCCAAAACAGUCUGGUUCCAGGAAAUUCAAGUUCCUUGGUUGGUUUUUGGCUCUGGCUUUGGGGUAUUUGUUGGUUUCAGCGACCUUUUCUCCACUGAUGAAAUCAAGUUUCAACGAGUUCCAUAUCCCAAAAGAGAUCACAGAGUUUGCAAAAGCUAAUAACUUGGAUCAGUUGAGUGAUAAGCUCUGGACUUUGACAGAAUCAUCACUUGUGUACAUGGAUAAGCUGAUCUCACGUCUUGGACGAGGAAAUGAGGAAUAUAGUCAGUUACAAUUUCAUAACUUGACAUAUACUCUUGAGGAUAGUACUGUUUUCAAGCCAACAUGUGUUGAAAUCAUUCAAGAACCAUUACAAGAGAAUAGCAGAAGUGAAAACAGUCUUGAAGAUGGCUCUGUUAAUGAGGAGGAGAGUGGAGCAGAAGAAAACUCUGAAGUUGUGUGUCAAUUUGAUGAACUAGCUGAGGUGAAACCGAGCACGGAUAUAGAAUCAAAUGACGGUGAAAGAAACUUGAAAGCUCUUUUUGAAGAUGGCUUAGAGUUGAACAUUGAAGAACUGAGAGAGUCUGAGAUGAGUCCUGAAGAAAAGCUCGAAACCGAAAAGAAGUUGGAAGAAACUGAAUCUGAAGCUAUCUACAUAAACCAGCCUGAUGUUGAAUUCGCUGCCAUCAAUGUGCACCAGCACAUAGAGAGUGAGAUACUUGUUGCUGAAAGUGGAUCAGAAGAAAGUUUUGGAGAAAUUGGUGAUCUUCUUCAUCUUGAAGUAGGGUCUUAUAAUGAUUUAGCCAAAGGUGAUGCUGAAAGUGGAUCAGAAGAAGGUUUUGGAGAAAUUGCAGCAGAAACUAGUGAUGAUCUUCAUCUUAAAGUAAGGUCUUCUAAUAAGGCGUAUAAUGAUUCCACCAAGUUGAUGAUAGUAUUGUCCUCCACGGUGCUGGUUCUACUCGCAGUGGCUUCUUUCGUAUUCGCUAAGAAGACAAAACUCGUGGCUGCUACUAAACCAGCCCCUGAGAGUAACAUGGAGCUAAACUUGAGUCAUGUGCCAGAAGAGAAUCUGGUGAAAGAGAAGCUCUUUUCACUGAAUUUUGAGGAAGAAGUUGAUGACAAAAUGAGUAACAGUUUCCAAAAGAAGAGCUCAUGCCACAAAGAACCUCAAAGCAAAGGAGGCAAGAAGAAUAACAACAAUAGCAGUAGCAGCAAGUUGAGGAGAGAAUCAAUGGCAUCUUCAGCAUCAGAAUACUCCAUUGGCUCUUUUUCUUACGGAAGUUUCACAACAUACGAGAAGAUACCCAUCAAAAGUGGUAGAGAAGAAGAGGAGAUGAUUACACCAGUGAGACGUUCAAGCCGGAUUAAGAACAACAAACCUUCUGGUUCUGGUCUAUGAUAAAGAGAUAGACAUUUCAUUUCAAUCAUUGCAUCACUAUGCAAUCUUUUUAGUUUCCUAAGAAUUAGAAUUAGCUUUAUGACUCCUUAAAAUCUUCUGAUUUGUACCAAACUAGUUGUGAUUCAAUCCAAAGUUUGUUUCUUUGUGUCAGUCUCAGUCGUUUAAAGUAAAAGAAGAAACAAAAGCAUGAGACUUUUUUUUUUUUU